GUGUGUUUCUGUUUUUAGCUAUGUAUUGCCUCACCUGGCUCGUGCUCGUCGCACUCAGAAUAACUUUUAAAAUGUUUUAUGACAAUUACCGUAACCGCACAGUUUCAUUCACUGUGCUUAUAUAAAUUCUGUAUUAUUUAGUUUUAUUCAUUCUGUAUUCUUCCUGCACAUUUGCAUCGUCACACUGCAUACGAAGCGUGUCGAGUUUCCCCUUUAAUUACCGUUGUAAAUAUUAAAAUGUCCUAAGUAUUGUGAAUGAGAAUCUAUCAACGCUCCCUGUGUAUUGUCUACAGUUUAAGAAGUGUAAAGCUUACAGCAUCGCUCAUUAAUUCUCAUUUCUAGACGACGGGAGUCGCGUCCAGAGACGAAGAGUAAAACAGAAUAUAAAGACGUGUCUAUUGACUGCGUUAAUCUUAUGUUUAUUUUUAAUACAUUCAGUCAAUGCGCGGUCCCGUUAUAACUUCAUGUUUCCUGUUAGCGCUUAAAGUAAAGACAAAUGCCUGAAAAAAUAUUAGAAAUAUGCCAAAAUGAUUUACAACAUUAUAAUGUAGAGAUUAAUUUCAACGACGGGAUUAUGUAUCAGUCGUGUUCAUUGUGAAGGCAUCGUGUUAUCGGCUGUCGAGAUUUCGAUGAGUUUUUUAUUAAAACGCCACUCGUGUUAUCGCGACAUCACAUUACUCUCCUAAUUCAAUGAUAAAGCUUAUCUCAUAUUGAUUUUGGAAUGUUUUGUGAGUUUACAUAAAUAUAUAGACACGUCUGCUGUCGUCUGAAUACACGACUAAGACAAUCCACUUGAAAGGUUGCGUUGAAAUUUCUUUCCUUUAUGUUUGAAUGAACUUAGUUUAAUCGUUAAUGUGUUGCACGCGUGCAGUCGUAACAUCUUUACUGAUGAGAUUGGUCACACAGCUUAUAUUGACAGCUACAUUUUCAGAUAUCAUGAUCACUUCAUACUUGAGGAAGACAGACAUUAGAUUUCUACUGAUUCUGUUUCUGUUAUUCAAAUUCCACUCGUGUGAAGACGCAAUAAAUACAUUGUUUGAACAAAUAAACGAGGCCACGGUUAAGUUUAAUAGACUCGGAGCGGAAAUAGCCUGGCAGUAUUCAGUGGAUCCCAACGAUGCUGGACUUACACGAAGAUCAGCGGAUUAUCAGUUGGAAAGAAUCGUGUGGCAGCAGAGAUCGUGUGAGGUAGUCGAGGGUUUGCAUGAACAAGGGGCACUUAAUGUAACCCAACAAAGACAGGCCCAUCUUUUGUGUAGAGGUCCGAAAUUCACUUAUGAGGAAGCGAGAGCGAUGAGUAAUUUAUAUGAUGGAUUGCUGACCAUAUACUCUAACGCAGCGGUAUGUGUUCCAAAUAUAAGUAAUGUCGCUGAUGGAUUGUCUCAUGAAGCUGUCAUUAAACAGUACCUGGUGAAGUUAAACCGAUUCGUUAAAGUUGAUGGAAAAAAUGUAUCCCUAAAAACAGACAAAAAUGCACCCAAGAGAGAAGCGAUCUUCUGUAUUAAAGGGGAGGAAGAAUUUGAUAAAUUGAUGAAAACGUCAAAAGAUCCAGAAGUCUUGGAGUUUGUUUGGAAAAUCUGGAGAGAAGACACGAGGUACAUGCGAGCACCGUUCAGGGAACUGGUCAAUGUGCAAAACGAAGCUGCUAGGAGAAAUGGAUACACAAAUAUUGGUGAAUCUUGGAGAGACGAGCUGGAGAUUGAUGAUCUUCGUAUGUUUUGCCGACGCCUGUAUCAAAGUGUCAAACCUUUGUAUGAGCUGGUGCACGGGGUCGUCCGAUUUUACCUUCGACAGCGAUAUGGAGAUGUGGUCUCUGCGAGAGGACCGAUACCCGCACACUUGUUAGGAAACUUGUGGUCGUACAACUGGGAGCCGUUAGCAGAAUUCAUCAUCCCCAAAACUAUAGACUUGGAUGACCGCAUGAAGAGUUUAAAUUGGACCGUUAUCGAUAUGGUAAAACGGGCCGACGACUUCUACAUCUCCCUGGGCCUUCCGGCCAUGACGGAGACCUUUUGGAGCAAGUCUCUGAUGACUCGUGUCAAUGAUAACGAGCGGUGUCACGGAACAGCCGCUGACAUGUUUAAAGAUGGAGACUUCAGACUCUUGUAUUGUUCUGGAACAAGUUUCGAAGACUUCUCCGUGCUGCAUCACGAAAUGGGCCACAUCCAGUAUUACAUGGCGUAUCAACAUCGACCCGGUCUUUUUAGGCAAGCGAAUACAGCGCUGCAUGAAAGCGUCGGCGAUGCUAUAAUGUAUGGAGUGAGAACUCCUCAACAUCUUCACAGAGUACGGCUCCUUAAUGACACAGAGCUGUUCGAUGUUAACAAUAAUAAUAAAAUAAACGUUCGGAAAACAACAGUAAAAAUGGUUAAUGCACAUAGAAUAUACAAGAAUAAUAUAGAAUCUGACACAAGUAAGAUAGCAGCGUUCAUAGAUGACAGCGACGUCGGAGAUAUAAGUACCGAUGAUAUUCUUAUUUUGAAGCAGGCUCUGAAUAAAUUACCCCAAAUACCAUUUUCGCUGCUAAUAGACGAGUACAGGUGGAGGUAUUUUGAAGGUAGUUUGGAUGAAAAUUCUCUGAACCGUCACUUCUGGGACAUGGUUCGUGAACUCCAAGGUGUCGUCCCCCCAGAACGGAGAGGGGAGGAGUACUUCGAUGUAGGUGCUGUGUUUCACGUCGCUGACAAUACACCGUACAUCAGAUACUUCCUGAGCUCGUUUCUGCAGCAUCAGCUGUUUGAGUCUCUGUGCCGCGCCUCUGUUAGGGGUCGAAGACCACGAUGGAUGCCGGCUAAGUGGGACCUUCUGCGGUGUGAUAUAUACGGCUCUAAGGUCGCCGGCAAAAUAUUGAAAGAUUUAAUGUCUCGAGGAUCAUCACAACCCUGGCGUCAGAUAUUAGAAGAAACUAUCGGAGAAAGUAACAUAUCAGCCACAUCACUGAACACGUACUACAGACCGCUCUAUAAACUGCUGACGCGAUUGGUACAAAAAUACCGCAUUCCUAUUGGCUGGUAGACGCUUCCUGGCUCUUCAACGUUCUAAUGCGUGCGGACGAAUAGAAUUAUGGAAUAAAACAAUUCUUUAAAUUAAUAAAUAUAUAUAAUUAACUUAAUCUCAUUAAA